AUGGCUUCCAUAGGCAAGGCCAAAUCUGCUUUGGCAUUGGUUGGUAGGGUCAUAAACGAGGCUGUGAGCUUCAUUGUGUUCUCAGUUCUAGACCUUGUGGAUUUCCUCCUCUGUUUUCUGUACAGAGUUGCUGAUUUUUUCAUUGAAGCUGAAUGGAAGCCUUGCUAUUGCUCCUCAUCCAAAGAAGCCAUUACUAGCAGUGGCAAAAUCUUGGUCUCUGAGCAAGGUGAGUCUAAAAUUGUGUGCCUUAGCUCCACCAAGCUGCAACUUGAGGAGAUCUCUGACACUCUCUACACAAGGCCUUCCCUCUUGUCUGAGGUCUCAAAGCUGACCAUGAAGGAGACCAAGAAAGGGACUGUGAGAUCCACUUUCACUGUCAACUCCACCAUUGUUGAAAUGCUUCAAGGCAAGAUUGGAGGCCAACAAUGCCAUCCAAUCCCAAGGUGGUCUGAUUGUGAUUGUAAAUUUUGUACCUCUUGGACCUCUAAUAGCAAAGAAAGCCUCUAUGUUAGAACCGAGGGACCCAAAGAUUAUAAGGCACAAGAAGAUGUGCUUUUCAUACAUGGGUUUAUUUCAUCAUCAGCAUUCUGGACUGAAACAUUGUUCCCCAACUUUUCAAGUGCUGCAAAAUCAAGUUUUAGGCUUUUUGCUAUUGAUCUGUUGGGGUUUGGGAGGAGCCCAAAGCCAACUGACUCCAUGUACACCCUCAGAGAGCAUUUGGAGAUGAUAGAGAGAUCUGUGCUUGAACCCAACAAAGUUAAAUCCUUCCACAUUGUGGCUCAUUCUUUGGGUUGCAUUUUGGCCCUUGCUCUUGCUGUUAAACACCCUCUCUCCAUUAAGUCCCUCACCUUACUUGCACCUCCAUAUUACCCAAUACCAAAGGGAGAACAAGCAACACAAUAUGUGAUGAGAAGGGUGGCUCCAAGGCGGGUGUGGCCUGUGAUUGCCUUUGGUGCCUCCAUUGCUUGCUGGUACGAGCACAUCUCAAGGACUAUUUGUUUGCUGAUUUGCAAGAACCACCGAAUUGUGGAAUUUCUUACCAAACUUGUCACAAGAAACAGGAUCAGAACUUUCUUGUAUGAAGGGUUCUUCUGCCACACUCACAACGCAGCAUGGCACACACUGCACAACAUUAUAUGUGGCACAGCCGGCAAGAUGGACAAAUACUUAGACGUUGUGAGAGACCAUCUAAAAUGUGAUGUGAAUGUGUUUCACGGCAAAGACGACGAGCUAAUCCCAGUAGAGUGCAGCUACAAUGUGCAGUCGAAAAUCCCUCGGGCUCGAGUGAAGGUGAUCGAGAAGAAAGAUCACAUCACCAUUGUGCUUGGGAGGCAGAAGGCGUUUGCUAGAGAGCUUGAGAAGAUUUGGAGAAAUUCAUCAAAAAGUGGUUAA